UUUAUCCCAUCCGUCCAUACCGUUGUGUUCCUUGUGGCUCUUCCCCUCAAUAUCAUGGCGAUCGUCACGUUCCUGGUGAAGAUGAAGAUCAGGAGCCCGGCGACUGUGUACAUGUUGAACUUGGCUACAGCAGAUGUCCUCUUCGUUAGCGUCCUGCCUUUCCUCGUCGUCUACCGAUUCUCAGGAAAUAACUGGCUGUUCGGAGAAGGAAUGUGUCGCUUUGUCACGGCAACAUUUUACUGUAACAUGUACUGCUCCAUCCUGCUCAUGACCAGUAUCAGCGUGGACCGUUUCCUGGCCGUGAUCUACCCGGUGCGGUCUCUCCCCUGGCGCACAGUGAAGCGAGCCUGGCUGGUGUGUGGCGUCAUCUGGGUCAUCUCACUGGCCGGCGCUGUGCCUCUACUUCUAGCUAGACAAACCUUUUUUAUCUAUGAUCUGAAUGCCACAACAUGUUACGACGUGCAGGACACGGAGGAUCUGCGCGGAUUCUAUUUUUACUUUUUUACCUCUCUUUUAUCUCUUUUCUUUUUCUUACCUUUGGCGGUGACAACUUUUUGUUACGUUAGAACCAUCCGUAGCCUCAGUGCAAUGAACACGAAUCGCACGCGCAAAAGGUCGCGAGCCGUCUACCUGGCCGCGAUUGUGCUUUGCGUGUUUGUCCUUUGUUUCGGCCCGACCAAUGUCCUCCAUUUAAUUUAUUACCUUCAGAUGUAUGAAUUUGCCGAUGACUCGCUGUAUGACGCCUACCUCCUCUCUUCUACUAUCUGCAGCUUCAGCUGUUGUCUGGAUCCUCUUAUCUAUUUCUUUGCCUCCUCCCAGUGUCAGAGGUGCGUCUACAGCUUGCUGCGCCGUAAAAAAAUGAAUCUCCCACCAGGAGGACAACACUCGGUCCUUACAGGCCAUGAGGAAUAUACACACGUGACCUAUUCUCGGGAAGAGACUUGCUGA